AUGGGAAGAGUUCCUUGCUGUGACAAGAAUGGACUCAAGAAGGGUCCAUGGACACCAGAGGAAGAUCUUAAACUCACCAACUACAUUCAGUUUCAUGGACCAGGCAAUUGGCGAUCCCUCCCUAAAAAUGCUGGCCUAAAAAGGUGUGGCAAGAGUUGCCGCCUUCGAUGGACAAAUUACCUUAGACCCGAUAUAAAGAGAGGAAGAUUCUCCUUAGAAGAAGAAGAUAUCAUCAUUCAGUUGCACAGUAUCUUGGGUAACAAAUGGUCAGCUAUAGCAUCAAGGUUACCAGGAAGAACCGACAACGAAAUAAAAAACUAUUGGAACACCCACAUUAGGAAGAGGCUACUUCGAAUGGGAAUUGACCCAGUCACACACACCCCACGCCUUGACCUACUUGACAUGUCCUCUAUUUUAAGGUCAGUGUUCGGGAACCCCUCCCUUUUGAACAUGCAAGGCUUAUUACGUGCCCAAGCUUUGAUGAACCAAGGGUUACUAAAGCUGGCUUCCACUGCCUCUCUUCUAUCAACAAUCAACAAUGAUGAGAACCCAAAUUUGGCUUCACACAAUUAUGUACAAAACCAAGUUACCACCCCACCAUCAUUAGACUCAGCACAGUUUCAAUUUCAAAUGCCUACUACUCAGACAAACAAUGUGGAAGUCUUCUCGGGCACCGUGGCAAACUUGAGCUGUUCAAGUUCUCCUUCGGGUGAUGAGAACCUUGUUUUGCAACAAAACCAAGUUGGUUUGUCAGGGAACCAUGAUGCUUUGGUGCACUCUCUGAACAAUGCAAACCAAAACAUGGAGUGUGAUUCGGUUCUGCCUACGCCUGUGUCAAGUCCAAACCGGUUGAAUUCAUCAUCCAACUAUGUAAGAAGUGGCACGGACGAAGAGAGGGAUAGCUUUUUUAGUGACUUGUUCGAGUUUGAAAUUCCAGAGAGUUUGGAUGACAUUGCUGAUAUUUUUUUGUAA